CCUCUUCCACCUGCCCGCGGCUUUAAAGUUGCAGCCGGGCGGGACGCGGGAUGACUCGGGUCGCGCUGUGCCGGCCGCCGCUCUUGGGGCGCGUCGCGGACUCGCACACGAAGCGGGGCCGUUUUUCUCCAUCGGCUCCGCCCGGCCGCUGUUGCCUUUCCCAGGCGGCCGGGGAGUGGGCGCCAAGGGCCGGUGCGCCCGGGAGAUGCCCAUGCCCGCCGCGGGUCCCCCGCGCGGCUCAUCCACCGUCCCCGGCGCUGCCGCGGUUCUCCGCGCCUCCGCGCCCCGGCAGCGGCCGGGCGGCCGCGGGUAGUGCCGUCGCUGCCUCGUCGGGCCCCUGCAGGGCGAGCCAUGGACCCCAGCGCCCCGCCUGACCUCCGCGACGUCGAGCAGAAGCUGGGGCGCAAAGUGCCCGAGAGCCUGGCGCGGCCCCUGCGCGGGGAGGAGCUCCCGGCCCGCCCCGCCGCCGCUGCCCCCGGGCCGCGCCGCCGCCGCGCUGCCGCCCUGGCCCGUCUGGAAACGAAACUUCAUCUCUUGAGGCAGGAGAUGGUUAAUCUCCGAGCCACUGAUGUGAAGCUUAUGCGCCAGCUCCUACUCAUCAAUGAAAGUAUUGAAUCAAUCAAGUGGAUGAUUGAAGAGAAAGCCAUUGCCAGCAGAGGCAGCAGUUUGAGUGGGAGCCUGUGCAGCUUGCUAGAAAGUCAGGAGACAUCCCUCCAUGGCAGCUGUAACAGUUUACAAGACUGUAGUGAUGGACUGGAUGGAAUAUCAGUGGGGAGUUAUUUGGACACCUUAGUAGAUGAUGUCCCUGGUCACCAAACCCCUUCAGAUAUGGACAAAUUCAGUGAUUCUUCUGUCACGGAGGACUCACAGUCUCUGCAUAAGCAUCCCAAAAUUGAUUCUGAUGAGUACUACUGUUUUGGUUAAUAAGAACAAGUUCCAGUGGGACACAAAUGCAGUUGUACUUAUCCUUUUUCUUUGCUGCUAUUUUAUUUCAUGUGCAAAACCCCCAAAGUCCUCCUGGAAGGAGAAUAUAAUAUGAUACUUCAAUUCUAUUGCAUAACUUUUCUAUUGCUUCUAAUGCAUUUCCUCCUUGAUGGUUUGGGCUUGUCUCCUCCUUCUCCUCCUCCUCCUCCUCCUCACAUUUUCUUAAUUUAUUGUCACAAAUUUUUUUUGUUUUUUUACAAUGCUGUAUUUACAAGUCUAUAGAAGUGAUCAAGGAAAAGCUUUAUC